AUGCUCGAGACAGCCCCCGAUCAGAAAGAUGUCAGAACGUGCACAGAUCUGGGAUCCUUGGCUUAUAAGAGAUCCGUGGUUGGAGUGACCACACUUUCAUAUGAUGGUAGUGGCAGCGCAGCCAUUAGCACGGCCCAUAGCGACCCGUACGUACUUCGUCGACAAAUGUACGAUAAGAAGAGAGAGGAUUGA